GAAUCCAAAGGCAUUGUCGUGUAGACAUGACCACUGCUAUUCUUCAGCCUUUCUCUCUGUCGCUCUUGCCUCGCUUCUCUGAGUUUCCCCGUUGUUUCGCCUCUUCUUCUUCUUCAUCUUCGGCGUCUCUCUCUAUUCCCAACCGUCCUCCUCUUAGGUACGCCGUCCUUGGUGCGGGUUUUGCUGGAAUCUCUGUUGCCUGGCACCUGCUUAAGGACAGUCCAAAAGAGCUGAGAUUAAGUGUUGACGUAUAUGAUGAAGUUGGCAUAGGAGGUGGGCCUUCUGGUGUCUCUGGAGGACUCCUCCACCCUUAUUCUCCUAAAGGGAAGCUACUUUGGCAUGGUGCUGAGUGUUGGAGGGAAUGUUUAGAGCUCUUAAAUGUGGCCGAAACAGCUGCUUCUUCUAGUUACCCAGCUACGGAGAACGGAGACUCUAGCGAGAGUUUCGGAAAUUUUAUGGUUCGAAGAAGGGGAAUCUUGAGACCAGCAACAAAUGCCAAGACUUUAGAUUUAAUGAGUGAUAAUGCUCGAAACUGUCUUGCUAGUUGUGUAGUAGAGACUAUUGACAAAGAUGGUGCACGAAAUCUUGUCCCCAAUCUAUACCUGCCUUUGAACUGCGCCUUCUAUUUUCCAGGAGCUAUGAAUGUUAAUCCACAGCGAUAUCUCCAGGCACUCUUUCUAGCAUGCCAGAACUCAGCAAGAGCAUCACUUGGAAGGAAAAACAUAACUUUGGUGAAGAAAUCUAUAAGUGAUGUGCUUGAACUUGAAGGAGAAUAUGAUGCAGUAGUAAUAUGUCUUGGAUCCAAGGUAGACUUUCUUCCAAGGCUUACUGGGAAGCUCCCUUUAAGGACAUGCCGAGGUGUCAUUACUCAUAUGCAGUUACACGAGAGUGCCAGAGGAAGUUACCCGGACGGUGGACCUUCGAUCUUGUCAGAUGCGUGGCUCGCGGUUCAGGGACCUCGUAAUCUACACAUGGGAUCCACAUGGGAAUGGCAAUCAAGAAAUUAUUCAUCGGACGUCCCAGCAGAGGAAGCUUCAAGAGCUCUCGACGAGCUUCUUCCGAAAGCAAGUGCAGUUUAUCCAGACAUAGAGAAGUGGGAAUUUGUGGGAGCAAGGGCAGGUUUGAGAGCAAUGCCACCUCUCACAAGCCAUGGGUCACUGCCGCUCUUGGGAUGUGUAAAUCAGCUCAUAGGUGCAGCAGAUGAGUCUUGCAAAUUCUGGGUAUUUUCAGGGCUCGGAUCAAGGGGACUACUCUAUCAUGCUUGGCUUGGGAAGCUCAUGGCUAAAGCUGUUUUCAGUUGCAAGGAAGAAUUAAUUCCUUCUGAACUAACUUCUUGGAAGAAAAACAGACUAUAAGAGUACUAUUGUUUACUUCUCAGUCACCAUUGAAUUACACAUAUGAAUUUGUAUAAGAAGAAUCUUUUUGUGUCAUGUUUUGGAUUAAAGAAGUCCAGGAAGA